AAACAAACAAAACAAAAAAAAACAAAAAAAAGUAUUCCUCUGCCCCACAUUCAACGCUGUCUCGCUCUUUCAUCAAAACAGAUAAUCCAGUCUCGCUCGUUUCUCAGCAAACACAUCUCCUCGAUUCCUAAGUCAUUUGGCUUCCAUCGCCAUACCAACAAUCAUGUCGGCGAUGAAAAUCACAACAACUGUCCUGAGCUUGCUCACCCUCUCCCUCGCGACGGAGGCACCAUCCCAGCCGUUCAUCGUCGGCGCCCAGCACUCGUCCCACUUCACGACCUACGAAAUCGUCCUCGGCUACCGGCCCAUGGAUAACUCAUCCAGGGUGGUCUACGGCUCGUGCAACAAUUACCACGGCAAACGGAACCUCGAGUGCUCCAUUUACUUGGUUUCACAACUUGUGGCCGGCGACAAGAUUGAAUUCCACGAGCAGCGUUGCAAAGUGAAGCACCAAGCCGAAGAUGGCAAGGUCAUCGGAGAGGACUUGGAGCUCGGGUUCCUGAGCGACGAUCGCGUGCUGUCCACGUGGCUGGAAGUCGGUGGCAAGGAGUCGAACGCCGUCCUUCGCGUGACCAACAUGCGGGACUGCGAAUUCGAGGAAACGAGGAUACCCUCCUACGGUGUAGGGUUGCCGCUCCGUGUCGCUUACAACAACACCUUCGACGUCUUCUUUCGCAACGCCAGCGCGUGUGGCGGAAUGAUGUGCGGCCAGACCCACGACACCCGGGCCCAGCUGAUAAACGGGCCCGUCGCCUCUUACCUGCCUGCCGAGUUUUUCCGGGAGAACACGUACGUGUGCCCCGUCCGGCCGGCAUCCUCGGCUCUGGGCCAUUUUUUGCUCUCUUCCAAGCUAAGGCUGGUCAGCUCCAGCUACGGCCGGGUCACGGAGCUCAUGGACUACCCGGCCGGCGUCGUCAGUCUGGCAUUUUCGUGCGACCAUGGGUUCCUAGGUUUCUGCUGGAUCGACCAUUUGGACGAGAUGUACGUGAAUUGCCGGCAGUUCGACUCGCGGGGCGUGCUGGAGCUGAGCAUCAGAAUCAUGCUGGAGUACAGGGGAGGCCAGUGGAUGGCGAUGCGGAAUCUGCCCGGAGGUGGGCUGUUGCUGCUGACGAGCGAGUGCAACGCCGAGAACUGGUGCGAGCAGAACGUCGACAAGGUGUCCUUUUACGCCUACAGGGUUCACAGGGACAAAAGGGUCGACCUGUUGCGACAGAUUAAAGAGGUGCCUUGCACCGGGGACGGACUCAAGACGGACAUCCAGGAAAAGCUCAACGGGACCGUUUGCAUCACGUUUGUCUGCCGCGGCAAGACCUACGCGCCGUACACCAAUGUGCACGUGGAUUUGUACGUCAAAGUGGUGUCCAGGUGUAUCGCCUGGAAGAACAUGUGAGCUGGAGCUGGUCGAGGGAGUUUUGCAGCGUGUAUUGGAUUGACAUUAAUUAUAAAUGGUUGUUAAUUAUUAAUAACUGUACGGACAAAGAUAUACUUGACGCAGUGGCUGUUGAAAAAUCAGUCAUCACUAUCCAAGCUCUUCUCAGAUCCACAUGUAAAAUUCUCCGAGACACACGUGUGCGAGAUAAGACGCGUGUAUUUUUAAUUUCGAUGCCGGAUAAAAAGAAGAAGAAGAAGAAGAAGAAAGAAAAAAAAAAGAAUA